UGAGUAAAUUAACAUAUGAUCACCCAGUUUUUACGGAUUAAGAGUUUUUGAAUCGAUUUUCAGACAUAUUUAAGAAUACAACACAAUAAAUCUGUACAGAAUCAACAUUUUAAUCUUUUUAACAAAACCCACCCCAAACUAAUCCCCAACUAAGACUUUGAGGUCACUUGGCUAUAAUGAAGUACAAUUAAAACAUCUUCCAGGAUAUAAAAAAUACAAUCAAAUGAAAUGAAUAAAUAAAAACCCAUCUUAUAACACAUCACAAUUAAACUUUUAACUAUGAACAUCUUUAGCUGAACAGAGAUUAGCUAAUUAUAAUUAAGGUCAUUUUACAUAUUGUAGACUAAGUAGGUACAGUACAGUAGCAAGAACAUCCUGUUCCAUUCACAGGGUCAGUAAGACUUUGGAAAAUGGCCAUGUAAAACUAAAUUAUGACUAUUAUAACAAGACAAAUGCUGUAGUUGGACUACAGGGAAAAAUGUUUUAGUUUCUCGCAACUUCAUUAGUAAGAAAAAUGCGUAAACAAACAGUUCUAAUAAGGUAAAUUCAGAAACACUUGAAGGGAGGGAUUUAAUUAAAAUCAAAACUGUUGCAGCACACACGCUUUUGAUGAGGGUUAAAGUCGCCAUGAAAUCAAAAUUGCCAAUUAUUUUUUUUUUAUGGGUGCAGUGGUUGUUAAAAAUGAUUUAUCUCUGCAUUUUAAAAAAAUCAUGAUAUUUAAUAAAAAAAAACAUUAACAUCCCUUCCCCCUUGCUACUACUAACCUAUCUUCUCUGACUUGUAUGCUGGUUUAAAGGCUAGGCAAUAAAGUUGUCUAAUGGCCAAAUGAGUUUGAGUUCCUCCAUCGGCCUGCCACUCAAACGAUCAUCCAUUCAGUUUGCAAUUCCCACUUUCUAGUCAAUUCCUGGUUGACAAAAUCAGAUCCUUGCUUGCAUUUUUAAUUCCUCGCUCAAGAGUCUAUUUCACCCGGAUACAAGUCACAAUUUGGAUGAAAAGUCAGUCAUAAUUUCCAUUUCAUACAGACUUCAAGAAAGAACAAGUUAAAGAGGAACUAUAAUAAUAAAUAAUCAUAAGAUUCAGCCAAGAAAAGUAGAUAAGAUAAUGUGUCAUCCACCAAUUAGGAUCCAACCAAUUAUGAAGCACAACAGGGAACAGGUCAAUCAAUGUUGCACCCAUGAAUUAGUCAUGAUGGAUCCAAAAAGACAACCGAAAAAAAUAAUUCAGUUACAAUACAUAAAAAUAAAAAAACAUUCCAAACAACCUCAUACAAAGAUAAAAAUGUAAUAAAAUAACAAAAAACCAUUUCAUGAAGGAUAUUUUGCCUAUACAAGAAAAUGUUGGUAGUUGGAUGUGAUUUACUCUGUAAAUAAUUCAGCUUUAAAAUGGCUAUUUACUUGUGUUUUACAGUUUAGUAGCAGAGUUUAGGGUAAUUUUUAUGAAAUGUGCCUCGCUUCAAGCUUUGUAUUCAAACGGGUGCCAAAUAGAGUCUGAGAGCUGUGGAGGAUCACGAACCGCUCCUGUAUCAUCCCGAUGCUUUUAAUUUCACAUCAGGUUUUCACAGUCAUCCGUCUUAAGUCCUCCCACUUCCCUCUCAGCAGUGAGGGGAAAAGCCUCCAUACAUACCCAAACAGAUCUGCUGUCUCCUUUAAAGGAGGCGCACCUGCACAGUCUCUAACGCGCGCGCUCACACGCUAACGGCUGCAUUUCCCACUCUCCUGCCAGUGUGCAUUUCAGAUUAGCGUCAGCACGUAUGAAGAAAAUACUGCGGCCCCCUCAGUCACGACUCAGUGGCUUUUGUGUGUGGUUGUUUUUCUGGUUAUUGUACAAGUGUGUGUGUGUGUAUGAGAACAAGGGCAGGAUGACGUGCUCAGAGAGGGGAUGAUGGCUCUGGGGGUCAGGCGGUGUUGUAGCAGCAGGCUCACUGCGUGCCUCCAACUGACUGACUGACUGCAGAGUUAGUCAUCUUUCUGAAUCGUGCAGAGACCCAGCCCAGAGAGAAAAAACGAGACCUUGAGGUGAAUAUAUUAAGAAUUGGAGACCUCGCUACUUCCUGCUAAAAACCGAUGGGUCCUUUAUCGGAUACAAGGAGAAGCCACAGGAUGCAGAUCUUCCCUACCCUCUUAAUAACUUCUCUGUUGCAAAAUGCCAGCUGAUGAAAACUGAACGACCAAAGCCGAACACUUUUAUUAUUAGAUGCCUACAAUGGACUACAGUCAUAGAGAGGACCUUCCAUGUGGACACGCUAGAAGAGAGGGAUGAGUGGGCAGAGGCGAUCCAGAUGGUGGCAGAUAAACUCCAAAGACAGGAAGAGGAACGUAUCCAGUGUAGUCCCACCUCACAGAUAGACAACAUGGGAGAGGAGGAGAUGGACACAUCUAUCAGCCAUCACAAACGCAAGACAAUGAAUGACUUUGACUACUUAAAAUUAUUGGGAAAAGGCACUUUUGGAAAAGUCAUUCUUGUACGGGAGAAGGCCAGCGGGAAAUAUUAUGCAAUGAAAAUUUUAAAGAAAGAGGUUAUUAUAGCCAAGGACGAAGUGGCCCACACGCUUACAGAAAGCAGAGUACUAAAAAACACGAGACAUCCUUUUUUAACCUCUUUGAAGUACUCAUUCCAAACAAAAGACCGCCUAUGCUUCGUGAUGGAGUAUGUCAAUGGAGGAGAGCUGUUUUUCCAUUUGUCGAGAGAACGGGUGUUCUCCGAGGACCGCACGCGCUUCUACGGCGCCGAGAUCGUUUCCGCCCUCGACUACCUGCACUCUGCCAAGAUUGUGUACCGGGAUCUCAAGCUGGAGAACUUAAUGCUUGAUAAAGAUGGUCACAUCAAAAUUACAGACUUUGGCCUCUGCAAGGAAGGAAUCACUGAUGCUGCUACCAUGAAGACCUUCUGUGGGACGCCAGAGUAUCUGGCACCAGAGGUGCUGGAGGACAAUGAUUACGGCCGAGCGGUGGACUGGUGGGGUCUCGGUGUGGUCAUGUAUGAGAUGAUGUGUGGCCGACUGCCUUUCUACAAUCAGGACCAUGAGAAGCUCUUUGAGCUGAUCCUAAUGGAGGACAUCAAGUUCCCCAGGACGCUCUCUGCUGAUGCCAAGUCCCUACUGUCAGGCCUGCUCAUCAAAGAUCCCAAUAAGAGACUUGGUGGAGGUCCAGAUGAUGCUAAAGAAAUUAUGCGACAUAGUUUCUUUGCUGGAAUUGACUGGCAGGAUGUCUAUGAUAAAAAGCUGAUACCUCCCUUCAAGCCUCAGGUGUCGUCAGAGACAGAUACCAGAUAUUUCGAUGAAGAGUUCACAGCUCAGACGAUUACAAUAACCCCUCCUGAAAAAUUCGAUGAAGAUGGGAUGGACUGCAUGGACAACGAGCGACGGCCACACUUCCCCCAGUUCUCCUACUCCGCCAGCGGAAGAGAGUGAGCGCCACUCGGUCAGCUGACACUGCCUCAUCCUCAUCAAGGUUACCACUGGAACAAAUUAGGUCUUCAGCUUCUAACAGCCCCGGCCCAUUUGACCUUUCAUCGUCCAUCUUGGUUCUUUCAUUUGAUUAGCUAGACCAAGGGAAACUUCUGAUUUAGGGUGAUGGGAAUUUGCACGUCGGGUCGGCUCGAGGUCCAGCCCGCUCAAACGUCCUCACAGCUCCAGCCCAAAGGUUGGGUCAGGAUGGGAGAACUUUUGCUGUUUGUCUUCAUUGUGUUAUUCUCUUUGAUUUGAGAUGUUGCUCCACAUUCCUUGUUCAGUGGGACACAUCCAUUAGUUCAGAUAAAUACAUAACUGCAUGGCUAGAGAUUCACAUGGGUUUUGCGAUCCCGGGUACACGUAGUAUAACUACUCAAAACCGCUCCAAUUUCAGCUGCUUCUGUUGUUACUGUUUUUAAGGUUCACCUUCUGUCAAAACUGCCAUAAACGGUUUACUAAGGCUUCACAGAGGACGUCUGUGAUCAGGACUAGCUUUACCCCUCAGCGAUCCACAACUCAGUAUUCCUCCGUGCAAAGCCCUGUGAACCUGAGCUAUGCAGCGCUAAACUCUCACUAAAACUACCCGUUAGAAAUGCUCACUCAAACGUAUUCACCGAAGGCUUUAUUUCUUACAUAUCGUUCCCUGGGAAAAAUGGCACGUUUGACUGAUGUGGAGUGUUUUGUGCAGAGAUACACAACUGUGAUCAGAUUAAAUUCCCCCAAAGCCCAAACUGUUUUUGAACAGUUGUGAGAAAGCCUUUCCACUCAACAGUGCAAUCAUAGUGUAACAAUAACAACAACGACAACAAAAAAGCCAGCAUUAAUUGAAAGAAUGACAGGAAGCACUUUUUCAUUUUAUAAGAAAAAAAUGUGAUUGAGAAAAUGUAUUUAAGCGAAUUUAAUUUAUUUUUUUCUUUUUGUUUGUUUGUCCUUGCGUUUAUUAAGAGUGCUUUCUGAGUCUCUUUUUUUAAAAUGAAAUAAAUGCACCUAAAAAGGCUUACGAAUGUAGAUGGGUCCCUGCAAAGGCCUUCAUUUGUUUUCUUUUUACGCCACUGUAGUGUUGUUCUCUUUUUUCUUCCCCAAAGGAAUCUGACUAUCUUCCUCAACAUUGUGAGCAGUCCGAGCGAUGUUGAAAUGUGUUGCUUGUCUUUCCACCAAUGAAAGGGCUGUAAAAGACCAUACUGAUUACAGAGCAGGACACGCACCCCAUUGUGCUUUGCUUGACCUUUUUUAAUAAGACAGCACAUUCUUGUUGUUGUUUCGAGGCAGGAUGUGAAUAUUAACAAAUCAUUUUGCUUAAAUGCAGAUAUUGAUAAGUCGAAUGCUAUUUUUAAACACCUUUGAGUGAUAUUUUGCUUCGCUACAUCUAAUAUCAUGUUCACUUUUCUUCCUAAAAUUCGCCAAUCAGAUAUUAGCAUAAAAAUCCUUCGAUAAACAUUGAAAUACUAGGAUGUCUAUAUGAGUUAUGGGCAAAAAAUGUUUCUGGUGGUUACAGACUGAGGAUUUAUUUGGAUGAAGCUUGAUGAGAAAUGGAGUUUUUUUUUUUUAAAUGGGAUCAAAGAGAAAUAUCUGGAUUAUUGAGUAAUAAUUUGAUAUAUGCAGUACAUUUCCUGAUAGUGUUUGGCAAUAAAACCUGCUGUGUGUCUGUGUUGUCUGCUUUGAGUGUAAAGAUGGCUCUUGUGCAUGUUGCUGUUGCGUUCAGCGUGUCUGUUUAAUUUGAGCAGGAACGGCAAAAUCUUUCAUUUGUAUUUGCCUUGGCACUUUUUGAAGAAAUUUGGCCCGAGGUAUGAGGUUGGGGUGAGAAUAUGGGACAUUAGUGAAGAGGGAAGUGAUAUAAGAGGAAGGAGUGAGUCUGGAUGGUGUGUAUAUGAAAUGUGACGUAGAACAAGGUCUGUGAGAGUGGGACGUCUGAACUGGGAUUUCUUGCAUGUUUGUUAAAGACUGACAUGGAUUUGAUGACGGCUGGUUAAGGAUGAUUCAGAAAGUUUCUGUCCACCUCCCUCAUGCCAGACUGAGCUUUCCACCAAAAUGCCUGCGUUGAUUGUGAGCGUUGUGAAUUGUCCAAUGGUGUAAUGUGAGAUGCUGUAGCAUGGUACUGUUGCUCUAUUGCCAGAUUUGAUUUCAGUCGAGCUUGAGGAUGUUCUUGCAUUCAAACUGUGAUGUCCAACCCAAUAAUGUUUUCUGACAGCAUAGCGGUGGUACUGCGGGAAGAUUCGCUGUUUGUGUCAUUCUCUGUCUUCCAACUUGCACGUUUUCCUUUAGAUCAUUCCUCGUCUUUUUCCCCAUUCCUUUUUUUUGUGUUUUAAUUAUUUAUUGUUUUUGUAAGAAAGCGAGACAAAAGUUAAAAAACUACCUGAUUUAAUUUAAUGGGCUUGCACUGUUGACUGUUUAGUUUUUUUGGUGUUCGAUUCUGUUUGUUUUAUUAUUUUUUAUUUAUCAGUGAAUAACUUGAAUAUUUUUCAACUAUUUGUCUUGUUUUACAUUUUCUGGUUAGGUAGCCAAUCAAUUUAUUGUUCAAUUCAUAGUGACUAGAGAGAUGGAAGCACUCAUUUUGUAAUUUUUUUGCUCUUUGUUUUUGCUUUUUCACGUCAGAUUUGUGAUUGUACGGACUGUACUUAGUAAGAUUAUUCAAUCAUACUGUGACACUGUUCAUCCAAUUCAUUUACUUUAAUAUGCAUAUAUGUGAGGGACCAAAGGGUUUUCCUCAAGACGUGGAGAGGCAGAGAACGGUGAUGUUCAUUGGGGCGGUACCUUGCAUGUGAUGAUAGUUUAUUUAAACAGCAGAAGGGCCUUUGGCCAAAUCAAUCACACUUUUCUAACUCCAUAUUUUAACACUUGGCUUUGUAUCUGCCUGUAGUAGCACUUUCAUACCCAUUGCUCUUUUUCUAUAGCUCAGCAUAAGAAAAAAAAAAAAGGGUUCCUGCUUUGGGUGGGGAAAAAAGAAUAAAGGAAAAUAAAACGAGAGGAAAAAAAAAAUACUUGAAAGCACAGAUUCGCCCCUCAUGGACCUCAUGCUACUUUACUUUCCCGAGUGAUUGUGCUCUGUAAUAUGUAACGGUGUGGAUGCGGAUAGACCUGAAAUGCUGCCAGGAGACACAAGCUUUGCCUGGUGACACAGACAGACUAACAUUUCCCAAGAUUGUUGUAGAAAAGUCGAGCUGUACUGUUGUCACCACCACAGUUUCAGAGGACAAUAAAAACACACGUAAGCCCAACCUAAAGUCAUUAUUCCCUGAAUACUGAACUAGUGUGAGGAAGGGACCCAUGGAGACAUGGGCGGCACGGGCUCCAUCCCUCCUAAGCGCACAUCUGUGUGCACACUGCUGCUACUGUUUGUACUGUCUACAACAGACUUUCUCUAUAUCGCGCUCCUGGUAGUGUAUUAUGAAUGAGCAUGAAUUGUAAAGUAUUUAUUUAAAAAAAAAAAAAGAAAAAAAAGAAAAUCUUUAAAAAAAGAGAGAAAAAAACAUUUUAUGUCCAUGUAGCUUUAGAGUUUGUGACAUUUCUUGACCUUGCUAGCUCUGUCAUUAGAUCCAUGUUAAGAACUAGUCAUGUGGUUAAGAAUUUUACAUGGAAGGGAUUAACAGAAAAAAAUAAAUAAAGAACUGUAUUACCAUUCAUCAUAUUAAAAAAAAACAACAACAAAAAUAAAGUUUAUUUCCUUGAAUACAGUAUAGGGGCCCACGCGGAUGCGGAAAGCUUAUCUGCAAGAAACUGUUUUUGUACACUGUACAUCCUAGUAUUUUUACACAUAAAUGUAUAUGAUAGGGAUGCACAUUAUUUUCCUUCUUACAGACAGCUUAAAUAAAGCACUAUGUCAAUCUGC